ACCGUGGGGCAUUGUCCCAGGACGGAGCGUGAUUGGUCAAAAGGCAGGUCUAUACAAAUAAUGUUGUUCCAUUCAGUGAUUUAAAAAGAGCUUUAGGAGUUUUCUAUUUUACACACGCGAGCGCUUUGGGUGAAAGGCCAAUAUAGUAAAGCAUUUCGUUGUGUGAUUGAAGAGAUUUGGCGUGGGUAGCUCAAAGGAGAGGUUAUGGAAGUUUUUGAUAUGUCGAUUGUCAAACGAGAGCCUUUAGACGAAUUUUCAUCGGAGAACUCGUAUUUGGAUCAAUUUAUGCCCUACAGCAACGACGUUUUCAGCGACACGCACUCCGUCGACUGGCUGUCCAAUUUAGUCGAAGAACGCUCUGGGCAAAACAUCGACCAUCUUGGAAACAUUCCCGACUAUCCGAACUUGGUCCUAAACUCCUUAAAUCGGGACCAAACUUUAAACAGUAUAAACGGCCUCCCUGUAAACCAACGUGGAAUGCAGGACGAUAUCCCCACGAACAAUUUCAACGGCUACAACGGCUCUCCGAUGGCGGCCGAUUUUGAACACAGGCUCGAAUCGGGGACGCACGAUUUGGACAGCGAUAUGAAAUCGUUUUACUCAAAUCAACCAUUUUACACGCAAAGCCUAAAUUCGGUUGAUACAAUUGUGGAAUUAAGCAAUGUGGGUGCGAAGGGAUGUCUUAAGGCAGAAUUCACCGCGUCCCCGUGUGAUGAAGACGAGGGAAUACGAUUAAGCGACCACAGCGAUCGUGAUAGCGAGUCGGGUGAGCGGGAAUCGCAUACUGAGGAAAUAAAUUACGAAAAUCUCGUGUUAAAAAGUUGCAGUGAACAAGGUUACGACUCUGGAGCCCAUUCACCUACCUCGGAGACUCCGAGCACACCGCCCAGGUGUUUAAUGUUGUCACAGGGGGAUAAUGAUGUAUCUAUUCCGCAUGUUGGAAAUGUUACGUCUUCACAUGAGCAGAACCAAACAAGACAGCCAUUCUUUCUCUCAGACGAAGAGAAACGCACCUUAAUAACUGAAGGCUUGCCCAUACCUGCAGGCUAUCCUCUCACCAAGUCCGAAGAAAGAGCCCUUAAGAAAGUGCGAAGGAAAAUAAAGAAUAAGAUAUCAGCCCAGGAAAGUCGCCGUAAGAAAAAAGAAUACAUGGAAACUUUAGAAAAGAGAGUUGAGGUGUGCUCCGCUGAAAAUUUGGAUUUAAGAAAAAAGUUAGAGUCGGUGGAAGUUUCUAACAGAACUCUUAUAAGUCAACUACAAAAGCUUCAAGCAAUCGUCGCUUCGAAGGUUUCCCGACCUACAUGCACGAUUUCAACACAGACGACGAAGAGCAAAACAAGCUAGCUUAAAGCAAACUGGAGAGUUGGUGAGGAAUUUGAGAUGAAUGAAAAGCGGGAAUGUGGGGAUCCACGUUAAGACAAAUGGUUCAGUUGAAAAGGAAAGACAGCAAACAUUCCACUGUCUACUGAGACUAAUAUUCAGGUGUACAAAGCGCCGUGUUCAAAGAACCACGAUUACUGUAUGUUUUUAUAUCGACGAAAGUGACGAUAGAAAAUGAAUUAAAUAAUUGCCAUCUGUAAAUAAAUUGAAUUUAUCAUCGACGUUUAUAAAAUUCGCCGAUUGAAUUAAUUAGUUGCCUUUCAAAAUCUUUUAAAAAGGAAGUUCAAAUCAUGCAAAAACUUUGGAAGAGAUUUAAACUUUGAAACUAUUCCGGUGACAAAUAAACUUCAUUUUGCGAGUGUAAAUAUAAUGCUCAGAAAAAAUUACUAUCGACAGUUUUUGGAAAUUCGAAGGCAACUCGCAAAAACACCAUUAAUUUUGAUAUUUGGUACCUUAAGCAUGUAGGACG